UCGCUCGCAACCUUCUCUUACAGUACAUCGAUACCAAACAAACUACUUACUAAAGUAAUCAACUUCGCCAGCCAGCCAGCGAUCCCUGCAAUGGUUGACACGUCCCGACAUCCAGGAGGGGAAAAGCCAUGCAAGUUGAAACAUCCCGCAUGGAAAUCAGAGACAACCAAGAAUAGAUUUCCUUCCCCCCAAACUUGGUGUUGUUGUGCUCCCGUCCCCCUGGUGAUCAUUCUCCAUCAUCUGCGACUUCAUCCCAUGAUCGCAUCAUCUUCCUCGGUUGUUGCGAACCCGUUAAGCAUCCUGACCAACAUCAUCCACACAAUAAAUACACUGACAGAAUAAGGGAUGAUGGUGGCUUACUGUAAAAGGUUUUGAAUACGAUACGAGGCAUGGAGC